UCCAAGCAAGAAAGUCGAAGCCGGCCUGUUAAUCGAAUAUACGACAAUUUAUUAUUAUUUUACCAGACGAUUUCCUUAAAGACAUCAAACCAGAGAUAUAUAAAUGGAGGGGAAGUAGUAAUGCAGUACUAGUCUCUCAUAAGGCAUUGAGGAAAUAUGAACAUUGAUCAUCGUCCCCGGCAGCCCAAGUGGUCCACCGACCUUUGUCAAUGUGGAGAGGACCCGAGUACAUGUGAGUGCUCUCUCUCAGUGACACAAACACAAAUUAAUACUCCUUUUAAGAACUGUGAAAAUUUAGCCAUUGACGUUCAUCGAAGCUGUGGUGCAGGUUUAAUAACAUGCUGUCUUCCGUGCAUCACCUUUGGCCGGAUUGCUGAGGUUUUGGAUGAAGGUCAAAGCUGUAAGUUUGAGCACACCAUUAGACUGCAUGUCCAGAAUGCUUGCGUCGCAGAAGGCUGCGUUUAUGGGCUUUUGAUGCUCAUCCAAUGCCACUGGAUUCUCUCGUGCGUCUAUAGAGAGAAAUUAAGAUCAAAAUUCGGAUUACCAGAGGAUCCUUGUAGCGAUUGCUGUGUACACUGCUGCUGUGAACCAUGUGCUCUUUGUCAAGAGCAUGCGGAGCUAAAACAUAGAGGCUUGAACCCCUCUAAAGGUUGGAUUGGCCCACCAACUGCUCCUCCACAGUUACCUCCGUCGAUGUACAGAUGAAGUACUCCUCUUUUCUUUUGAUAGAAGAUUAUGAUCAUCUGAUCCGCGCGCGCGUCUGGUUGCAAGUUUCUAAUUAUGGUUUGAUUGUGUCAAUGCUACUUCAAUUCUAGUUGAAACAUAAUAAGAGAAGGAUGAUAAGUCCAAAAAUAUAAGAUCAAGGUUGAUUCGAUGGAUUUACUUCAA